UUUGUUUUCAGGGCCUAAUUACACCUGUCUCUCAGGCAUCUUCCUUUGGUGGGUUUAACUUCCACAGUGCAUCCCAGCUCAGCAUACCACCUACAGAUAUUGGAGAUAGUGAGAGAAGUGACUACACGGACACAGACAUUGAUGACUUUAACAACUCUGACAUCAUUCCCUUUGCUGAAAACGAGUAUGAAAAGAUAACAUCCGAAGUUGAUGUUCAGACGGAGAAGGACGAAAAGAACACCGAGAAAGAACCUGGUUCAGCCAUUGAUGAUUUAUUAGAAGCAAAAGACAGCAAUGAGAAGAAGUCUGUUGUGUUGAGUAGUAUCCAAGGCAGUUCCUCGAAUGAGCCUUUGGAACAUGCUAGCAUGGAGAAAGGUAAACAACGGACAACCAAGGGGACUAAAGGGUCUGUGGAGGGUCAACAAAGCAGUCAAGAAGAAAGCAAAUUGGAGGUGAUGGGCAGCAGUCCCCCCACUAAGGAUGAUGACCUCUACACAAUGGUGGUCAGUGCCCUAAAUGGGAAGGACUCGACUGAGGAGACCACUGCUUCUUCUGAUGACAGUAAGCUAGAGAGCCAUGAUGUUGGAUACUCUAGUGGUGGACAGUCUAAUGAAGAAGUUGAGUACAGCAUCACUGAGACCACACAGGAGGUAAAAACAACCAAGAUUCUCGUGAAGGAAACACAACAUACAACCAUCUCUGUCAAGAAGGAUGACACCUUGGAGGCAUCAGUAAGUGAGAUUAAUGAUUCCACUUUUACCAAUGUGUCCUCCCUGCCCAGUGCUGAGGAAUCCCCAUACCAGGCUGUGUUUGGAAAUGAUAGCAGUCACACCCAGGAGGAUCAAGAACCAAAUGGAGAGGAUUCUGAGAAGUAUGAAGAGGCAUUAUCAUCACCAAGCAAGAGAUUUUAUAGAAUGACAUCAGUUGAAGAAGAAUUUGCAGCUGAAAACCGAGGCAGUAAUACUGAGGAAAUGACCCAAGGCUACAAAUCUGGGUCUGAAUCUGAUACCCAAUCCAAUGCCAAAGUGCGUACGAGGCUAGACUUCUUGAUACAAGACUUAGAACACCGUCUGGAAGAAGAUACUAAACCCCGUUCUCGUACGAGCUCUGCCAGUGCUUUUGGAUUUGAUGAUGAAGAUUCCUCUAGCUCUCUUACUUCUGAUGAGGAGCAUGUUGACACUCAGAACAACAACUCAUUUAUAGAAAAUUUGGAUACAUUUGAGGAUUACAACCAUACUCUAGAUACUUACAAAAGUCACAGCAAAAGAUCUAGUGAUGAAAAAUCAGAAUCCUUGGCAGUGCAAGCUAAUUCUGAUUCUGAUCAUCAUCAAGAAGUCACCCAAGAUGAUGAGCUGGAUGGAGCUCCCAAUUAUGAUUUAGAACAAGCACAUAUACCAAAUAGCAGAGAGUCUGUAGAACGCUUGGUGCGACAAGCAGAGUCCUUUGUCAGAGAUGGGGAUUUCAACAUUCAGACGAACAGGUGGACUGAAACAUCAGGCAAAAGACGAAGAAGGAGAAAGAAGAAAGACACUAGCACCGAUUCCUCUGCCAAUGACAAUGCGGGGAAUUAUGUGGAAAGUUCUUGUGAUGCAAGCAGUGAAUAUACCAGUGACUCUGAGAGUUCAUCGUCCAAUGAGGAAAAUCUCUACAGCAGUGUGAUUUUCAAAGAGACCACUGUCACAGUAGAGACACAGAAUGAAGGACAUGUUGACAGUGUAACAGCCCAAGGUAGCAGUUUGUCUGCUACAAGUUCCCCUAAUAGAGAGGUUCCACAUGGGGUCAAAAUGAGGCGAAAAACCGACCGCCACAAACAAAACGGCCGCCCAUGGAGUGUGACAGAACUCUAUGAGCUAACAAAUCGAUUAGACUUUUCUCCUUUUUCCAUAUCCGAAGGUGCGCUUGAUGCCUUAGGAGGAAGCCAACCUGAUUCUUUAAACAAAGUGACUGCCUCUGGUACAGAACUAUGUUCAUGGAGGGGUGCUACACUGCAUAAAAUUUCCCCACAUCCCAAACGUAAACACCAUACAAAACUCAUGAAAAUGAAGCGAAGUGUGUCAGAGAGUGAAAAGUUGUCACAGGAACCACAGGUUGGUUCCAGUGAAAGUCCUAGGGAAGAUAAUAAAUCUCUCUCAGAGCAUGAAACUCUGUAUGCUAUGGUGGCGGGUGCCCUGGAUGCCAGAGAACAUGCUGGGUCUAGUCAGGAGGAAAGAAGUCAGUACAGCCUCCAUACUGGCCAGUUGUCUGCAGUCUCUGGAGAAGGAAACCAGUCAGAUUUGGGUGAUCUGGUUGACACUGAGAAAAGAGAUGACAGCGACAAGGACAGUGAUGACACAGAUGAACUCCUUAACAGCACUGUGGAAUCCUUCUCAGAGCAUGCUUGGGAUCCAUAUCAGGACCCACCUUACCAAGUAGUGACCAGUGAUGACAAUGAAGAGAAACUGGAUGACAGUCACCUUACUUGGGAAAAUGAGGACAAUUUUGAGUUUGACGAUGACUACAUCAAAGACAGUGGCAUGUUCUCAGCAGAGUUCUUGUCUGCAAUGCAGCCCAAGCAAUCUACUGUUGAUAGUGCCCUUGAUGGCAUGGCUACUUCUGCUGCUAGCAAUGGUUAUCCAUCUCCGAGUGGAUAUUCUGGAGAUAGUUCUAGAGUGGAUGAUUCUGACUCAGACAUGGAGGAUUUUCAGCAUGUCAUCAAUGAGUCAGCGAAACAGAUUCAGGUGACAGAAACAUCACUAAAGAAACAAAGGCGAGAUGCCAUGGACACUGGCCUCUGUAUGGAUCCCUCAAAAUAUGCUGAGCUUGUUGCAACUUGUGAAACAAACUUGCGCUGUCUCCAGGUGAUUAUAGAACAUUUGAAUGCUGGAAAAAGUCUCGUUGGGCUAACUGAAGAAGAUGUAAACAGAGUACAUGAGAUCAUGACCUGUUGGAAGGACCUCCAUAAUCUUGCCGUGGACAAACAGUCCAAGUCACGCCAGCUGUCUGCCAUUCAUCACGAGAUGCAGAUGGUCCACAAGUACUUAAGAGACCUAGAAAAUGGUCUUGAACAGAGCAACUUUGAUGACAUAAAAGCUGUAGAGGAAAGGAUUAAGUACUUACAGGAGGCCAAACUGAGCAUAUCUGAACAGAAGUCAACUCUUACAAGUGUAGACAUGAGGGUGUCAGAGUUUGCGGAACAGAAUACUGAUAUUAACAUGCUAAGAUUCAAAAAGGAAUGUACUGCUAUGUGUAGCAGAUUUAAAGACAUAGAAACAAGAACUCUUACUAGAACAGCAGAACUUCAGAAUCUUCUUCUUGCCUGGUAUGACUACUCAGAGACAAGUAAGGAACUAGACUAUCUGCUGAGUCAGCAAAGGCAGCAUAUUCAGCUCAUGCAGGCAGGACAGCAGAUCCUUGUGAUGAACGAACAGGAGAAAGCAGAAGCUGCUAUUGAUCUGAAGAACAUGCUUAUUGAGUUGGAUGGAUAUGAAGCCAAGAUGGCAUCCAUACGUCAACUCUCCUCACAGCUUCUCCCGCUGUGCAGUACUGACACACAGACAGACAUUCGUGCCAGUGUGGGGACUCUUAGCAACCAGCUGGAUGCACUCAAGCAUGACUGCAAGAGAAUGGUUGCCAGUUUACAAGCCAGUGAGACCACUGUGGACAGAAUUGAAGAAAACAUGGAAAUUUCUCCUGAAGCAGAGGUCUUUGUUGUUGGUGCGGAAGGCCUUGAAGCAGUUGGGGCUUCUGAUGAUGUUGGGUUAAGGCAGAGAAAAAUGGAAGUCGACUCUGAGAUUGAAUCUGCAGUUGCUGCAGAUGUUCCUAUGGAAACUGAAGAGGUUGUCAGAGAAAGUAUACCAGUUGCCAGUGCAACGGUGGCAGCAGAGAGCAGCAAAGUCCGUCCUGUGAGUAGGUGGAUUGGGAGACUAGCAUUUUGCCGACGCAUACUGAAGGUUGCAAUCCCUCUACAAAUAUUGCUGAUCUUGUUAUUUGGAUUGGCCAUGUUGCUGGAGCCAGAUUGUUGUGAAUAUUUUAACAACUUCCGCCUGACCUUUGCCCCACAGUUACGCUAUGUGAGAGGCCCACCACCUAUAUAAAGACAAGAUAAAUGUUAACAUGAAAGGUCUUUGUAUGUACCAAAAAUAGAUUGAGGAAUUUGUAACCUCAAAGGUCAGAUGGAAGAGUGCUGCUCCCUAUCUGUAUCGUAAUUCAGAAAAUUGCUGCUCCCUCUCUAUGGUUUCAACCUGGAAAGAGCUGUCACAGUUAAAUGAGCCCUCUUAAAAGAGCUGCUGCUAUCUGUUUGGAGGAACUGAAACAUAUACCAGAGACACUUUGUCGAUCUAAAGUUGUUGCCCAUAGGUAGAGGGACAUGAAGUGCAUUGAUGUAUAUAUGGUGACAUUUUGUACAAAGAAGUUUUGCAUUCAAAGGACUAGAAAAGAUGGUUCUUUUGUUCAUAUGGUUACUUCUUGUGCAAAGAAAGGCAUGUCAGGAAAAUGUUGGUAAGAUGACUCUAAGAUAUUAAUGCAGUUGUACCAUUUAAGCUUUUGCUUUUGCGAGAUGUUUUAUCUAAAUGUUCACCAUGAACAGCGGGCAUAUUAUUAAGCAAUUUUCUUUUGCAUACCUUGCAUGCAAAUAAAAAAGAUAUUCAUUUUAAAGAAAGUUUUAAUUUCAAAUAGGCAGCUGAAAUAUUUUAACUAUCAUAACAUAUUUUUGCAACAGUGAACAGAAAAGAUAGUAGAUAUUAAUUAUGUAUUAAGAUCAUCUCCUGAAAAGGUGUCAUGAGGAUAUGCCAUCACGGCAGCCUUUUAAGGUAAGAAAUUACAUUUGACUUAAAGAAUUAUAUUUUGCAAAUUAUGAAAUUGUAAAUUUAGUUUGUUUUAGCCCCAAAUACUUAUUAUGGUUAAUGGUCUUUCUGGUAUUUUAUCAUUUAUCCAUACUUAUCAUGGUGACACUUUUUACAGCGAUAGUGAAAAUUUACCCUCAAUUAUGUAAAGACAUAGAAAUGCAUGUUUAUAUCAAAUUUAUAUCAAAGAAUUGGAAUGAAUCUAUUUUUAAUAAUAAAGUAUUUAUGAUUACAAUUAUUUCAUCAGCUAUGUACAUAUAGGUGUAUAUGCUGCUGUGGUUUAAAGACAUUACUGUCCAAAAGUACUCAUGAAAUUAAUCCAGAAAGGCCUUGGCCUUUAAAGGCAUUUGAAAUAAUUUUUAACUGUCUAGGAAAUGUAUCUCUUUCAAUAGCAAGUUUUAACUUCUUAUUAAAAUAAAGAUAUUUGGUUUAGGAAAUUUGGGGAAUAUUUUAUGAAAUGUUUUGUUACAGGAUAUUGUAACUAGCUCAGUUUUUUAGCAUUAAAAUCGGAUGUUUCAGAUGUUCUGGGAAACCUAGAGGCUGUUAAAAUUGUGAUGUUUGCAGUUUUACCUUAUUGUAAAAGUUAACAACUUUUGAGACAUUUGUUUGAAUACUCACUGACCAGUCAUAGUGAACACAUGAUGGUGCCAUUUAACUCAGGGUUAUUUAUACCCUCUUGCUUUAUACUUACCAUAUAUUAUUUAUCAGAUGUGAUCUAACCCACGUAAGAGCCAUAAUAAUUCUAUAUUGACCAGAUAUAUUCAUUGGCCCGAGUACACUGACACGGCUGUUUAUAUUUACGUUUGGCUAUGGUAUAGCAGUCUUCUCCAUUGUUUAGGAAUGAAACUGAAUUUGUGUUUUUUUUAUUGUAAAUUGAUUGAAACCUGGAUGAAUGAUGAAUAUUUUGUACUUGCAGCUUCUUAAAUUAUUACUUCGCAAUGAGAGAAAGCGAAAUUGUAUUCAUAUUCAUGCUGUAUGCUGUACAUACGUGUUAUUGUGGUAAAAUGAAAAAAAAAUUAAAAAACAAUAAAGACUUGU